UUCAACAGCUGAAGUCAUAAAGUGGCUUCAGGCUUUUUAUCAGCUCGCAAAGUCAGCGUUGGAGGACAAUUUCCCAGAAAAAGAACUGCAAAUGUUUAGCUUUACAAGUUAAUGAGAGGUCCCUGAAUGCAUCAUUAAUUUAAGGCUGGCUUGGUUUGACCAUCUGGCUCGAGUCCUUGAAGCUGGACUUCUGGCCCCUUGAAGGACCAACGUUUAUGUGCUAAUACUGACACACAGCCAAGCUUGGCUCACCUGGAUCAGGUGUGUUGAGCCAAUCAGAAGCUGGAAGUGGAGGAUUGUUUGGAAAGCAAAUGGGACGGUGGCCGCCGAGGGCCAGGAACGGACAACCCUGACGACAGGAGACAACCCGAGGCAAAAGAUGAAAGCGCAGACGUCUUGGCCUGAGCGAAGAACUCACACGCAGACGCACGGUGCCGAAUGAAAACAGGGAGGGGAGGGAGGAGAAUGUGAGGCUGAGCCUUUUCAUCCACCUCCGAGGACCUUCCCUGGCCGACGGCAGAGCGGCGUGGGUUCGACCCGGUGAGGACCGCCAUCAUGACGCCGCGGCCGGUUCUGCUGCUGGCCGUUUACCUGUCGCUCCUCCAGGCCUCCGCUCAGCACCGCAGGACACCUUUGUAUCCGUCUGCGUUCAGGAUCAAGCGAGGGACCCACACGCUGCUCAACCCUACGUUCCAGCGCUCAGUGGAGGACACCGCUUUGCUGUUUGAGGUCCUGCUGGCAGGGAUGCAGGUGGAGGGCGAGGGGCGCUCCAUGCUGCUCCCAGAUGAGGAGCUGGCCUCCCUGCGGUGCGUGGAGAAGCUCCAGGUCAUCUGUGAGGACGUCCUGCCCAAGGAGCUGUCUGACAUCCGGCGCCUGGCGGCGGAGCUCGCCCGGCGCCGGCAGCGCCUGAGCGGGCCGGACUUUGAGAGGACGGUGCUGACGCUGAUGUACGGCGCGCAGACGCCGGCUCGCAUCAGUAACGAGCGGCAGAGAGAAGCGUGGACGGACGCGGUCGUCCAGCUGUUCAGAGCUCUUCAAAAGGACCUGGACCCCAGAUGAGGAAGACUCCGUGUCUUCACCGGCUCAUAGCCACAUGUUUCUGAUAAUCUGGAGGCUAAACCAUUUACUGUGUCCUGCAUCCAGGCUUUCAGUCUGGAGCAGUGGCCGUGACGCCAGGUAGUAGUCAAGCCUCAUAACCCGCGAGUGCCUCGUGCUUUUCCCUAAUGCUACUGCAGAUUGGCAAUCAGCGGCGGGCCCCAGUCUAAUGUCUGGAGGCAGCGUGUCCAUAAACUGUUUAAAGGCUGAUAACCAACACAGGGGACUGUCAUUCAGCAUGAAUUUGGUUUCUAUUUGCCAAAAGUAUAAACACACAAAUCUGAUCUUUAUCUUUUAAAGCUACACCUAAAAGCUUCACAACAAACAGACCAUUAAAAUAAUCCAUUCAAACAAUAUCACAUUAAGUUUGUUUUAUCUACAGACGAUCUACUUCAAAUAAAUUGAUUUAAUUGCAUCAUUAA